GAAUAUCUUAUUUCAACGUGCAAUACCCAAAUUUAAUGAUUGUGACAUAUUUUUUCUCCCCAUUUUUUGUUUAAAAGAGGUGCUGUGCACUCAAAAUUAAAGUCUGACACAAAACUAUGAAGGGAGCAACACCAGAGUUGCUGUCCUUGUUGCAAAGAAAGCCAGAAAAUAUACGCAACAUUUGUAUCUUAGCACAUGUUGACCACGGCAAAACCACCCUGGCUGAUGCUCUGGUGGCCAGCAAUGGAAUUAUUUCACAGAGAAUGGCAGGCAAGCUUCGUUACAUGGACAGUCGAGAAGAUGAACAAUUACGGGGAAUCACUAUGAAAUCCAGUGCCAUUUCAUUAAUAUACAAUUAUAAAAACGAGGAGUACCUAAUUAACUUGAUUGACUCCCCAGGACAUGUAGACUUCUCCAGCGAGGUAUCCACUGCUGUCCGACUCUGUGAAGGGGCUGUGGUUGUAGUGGACGUAGUGGAAGGUGUUUGUCCACAGACUCAUGCAGUGCUUCGUCAGGCUUUUCUGGAGAAUAUUAAGCCAGUGUUGGUUUUGAAUAAGAUUGAUCGCCUGAUUGUGGAAAUGAAGAUGGAACCCAUGGAAGCUUUUUAUCAUCUUCAGCAAAUUCUAGAACAGGUAAACUUGGUGACAAAUGAACUUUUCACUGUAGAGGCCAUGGAGAAAUCUGCUGUGGAUGUCGAUGGUGACAAUGGAGAUUUAUCACAGAUGCAUGACUGGACAAAUUUAGAGGACGAAGAAAAUAGAAACAUCUACUUCUCCCCAGACCAGGGAAAUGUUAUUUUUGCCAGUGCAUAUGAUGGCUGGGGUUUUAGCAUUCAAGACUUCGCGGUGUUGUACGCCAGUAAGCUGGGGAUCAAUCAGGAAGUUCUACAGAGAACCCUGUGGGGAGAUUUCUUUCUGAACACAAAAACAAAAAGAAUCAUGAAAGGGGCUCAGAUUAAAGCCAAGAAGCCCCUCUUUGUGCAGUUUGUCCUUGAUAACUUGUGGUCUGUGUAUGACUCUAUAUUCAUCAGAAGAGAUAAGGAGAAGACAGAGAAGAUAGUUACCUCCCUUGGUCUGAAGAUUCCCCCUCGUGACAUGCGACAUUCGGACGGUCGGGUUCAGCUACAGGCUGUCUGUAGUCAAUGGUUACCUGUUUCCAGUGCUGUACUCAGAGUUGUAGUCAGUAAACUCCCCUCUCCACUGGCUCUCUCAGAAGAAAGGGUGGAAAAACUGAUGUGUUCCCAGAUGAGAAAGUUUGACUCACUACCAGCAGAAACUCAGGGUCUUAAACAGUCAUUUUUAAACUGCUCUGCCUCAGAAGAAUCUCCUGUGAUUGUGUUUGUCUCCAAAAUGUUGCCAGUUGACAAGAAAAUGCUCCCUCAAAACAAACAAAGACCGUUAACAGAAGCAGAGAUUGCCGAGAGACGACGAAAAGCCAAAGAGAAAAUGGCAGAGAGAGCGGCAGCUAGAAAUCAGGAGCAGACAACUGAGGCAGCAACUCAGGAAGGGGACACUAAUGAAGCCCUCAACCCCCUUCCCGAGGAUGACCCAGAGAAUAAAGAGAAGGAGACAGACUUUGUCUUUGUUGCAUUUGCACGGGUAUUUAGUGGCACCAUCAGAAAGGGACAGAAACUGUAUGUUCUGGGACCCAAACAUGAUCCAGCUCUGAUAUCCAAAAAGAUACAAAGUGGUGAGGAAAUAAAAGAAGUGAAUAGCAUUCAGGAGUUGUCACAUGAUGACCAUGUGACCUGUGUCACUAUCAAGGAACUGUUUGUAUUCAUGGGGAGGGAACUAGAGGGGAUGGACCACAUCCCAGCAGGGAACAUACUGGGAAUUGGGGGUUUGGAGGAUCAUAUUCUGAAAUCAGCUACAGUGUCCAGUACCUUAAUGUGUCCAGCUUUCUGUGAUCUCUACUUUGAUGCAGCUCCUAUCGUCAGGGUGGCCAUUGAGCCUAGUCACACUCGUGACAUGCAGAAUCUAGUGGAGGGUCUGAGAUUGUUGAACCAGGCUGACCCAUGUGUUCAGGUUCUGGUUCAGGAGACAGGUGAACACGUGAUCAUUACAGCAGGAGAGGUUCAUCUACAGAGAUGUGUGGAUGACCUUAGAGAAAGAUAUGCCAAGAUCGAUAUCAAUGUGUCUUCACCUAUUGUCCCAUUUAGAGAAACUAUUGUCCCUCCACCAAAAACAGACAUGGUGAAUGAAACCAUCUCAGACCAACGUCAGGUCAUUAAGAAAGAUACUGAAGACGAUGAAAUCAUUGAGCCAGGGUUAGUUGAGGUCAACACGAUCAAUGGGAGGUGUACCCUCAGGAUCAGGGCGGUGCCCCUACCGGAGAAUAUCACACAACUACUGGAGGAGAAUCAGAAUUUGAUAAAGACAAUGUCUCAGAUCUCAAAGGCUCACGGAAAGGGGAGGGGGGGUCUGGAAGUCCAGCAAUCUGUGAUAGACUCUAUCAGAGAAUUCAGAUGUCAACUCUGUAAAGUUUUCAAGACCUCUGGAAGGAUAUGGAGGGAUGCAGAAAAUCAGAUAUGGUCGUUUGGACCUAAGAGAGUUGGACCAAAUGUACUACUCAAUCGUGUGAGGGGAUAUGACAGAGCUAAUGUGUGGAACUGUGUUGAACAGAAACAGUGGGAGCUGAAGCUUAGACAGUAUGAUAACAGCAUAAUCAGUGGAUUUCAAAUCGCCACCCUCGCUGGGCCUCUUUGUGAGGAGCCCUUAAGAGGGGUAUGUUUCAUUAUUGAGGAAUGGAACUAUAUUAGGAGUAGUCACUCAAUUUCUCUUGAUGAAGAAGUCCAUAAAGGGGAGGUUACUGAGAUCAAUUCCUGUGAUAAUCCUACUUCAGUCAGCCAGGCUGAAACUGUGUCCCCUAUUCAGAGUGAAACUGACAGAGAUGGCAGUGAGUCUGAGACUGAGUCAUCUGACAGUGAGAUUGAGCCAUCUCAACCGAGACAGAAGGAGGGGCACAGUCACAUGUCAGGUCAGCUGAUUUACUGUGUGAAGGAGGGCUGUCGUAAAGCAUUCCAGACCCGACCUCAGAGACUGAUGGUAGCUAUGUAUAAGUGUAAUAUACAAGCUACUGCUGAAGUCUUAGGAAAACUGUGUGGUGUCCUCGGGAAGCGAUUCGGUCGAGUUAUUGAGGACACAAUGAUGGAGGGAUCUCAGAACUUUAACAUUAAGGCUGUGUUGCCUGUGGUGGAAAGUUUUGGAUUUGCUGAGGACGUGAGGAAGAAGACGAGUGGUUUGGCCAGUCCUCAACUGGUAUUCAGCCAUUGGGAGGUGUUGGAUGUUGACCCUUUCUGGGUGCCCACCACAGAGGAGGAAUACACUCAUUUUGGAGAAAAGGCGGACUCUGACAACAGAGCCAGACAUUAUAUGAACCAGGUCCGAAAACGGAAGGGACUCAAAGUGGAUGAGAAAAUAGUGGAGCAUGCUGAAAAGCAAAGGACACUCACUAAAAUGAAAUAAAUCAUGUUUUGUUAAAUUAAAUUUUAAGCAUGUCUGUGUUGUUUGAAAUAAAUUGUUAAACUGUU